ACGUGAAUUUAUUGCAUACGGUUUUCAAUUAAAUUAUAACAUAAUAAUUAAGUUAACAUUCAUUUAAACAUAUACAUAUAUAUAUAUAUAUAUAUAUAUAUAUAUAUUGUUUAAAAAUCAUAAAUAUGGAUACUAUUGUAAAAAAGCAAUUAGUCAAAAUUUCUGAAGAACAACAAGGUGGUGAACAAGAUCAAAAUCAAGAACAGGAUCAACAACAACAACAACAACAACGACCUCAAACAGAAUAUGUAGAAUUAAAACGUCCAGUUUUUGUUAAAGCACCAACAAUUGUUAAAGCUGCAUCAAAAUUAGUACGUCUAGCAAUGGUUUUUGUCUACAUCUGUUUUGUAUCUGGUUUAGGUGUAACCUUAUCAUUUUAUUAUUUAUUUUUUUGGGAUUCAUCGAAACCAAAAGUUUUUAUUAUGCCAAAAUCAAAACCGGCAUAUCCAAUGUAAAAAAAAAAACUAAUUCUUAAGAGAAUGUAAAAAUAAAUAAACACCAAAAAUAUAAAAUUGUUAUACCAGAAUUAAUAGCAAUUCAAUUAUUUAAUUCAUCGACAGAAAUAAGCGCUGAAGAAUUUUAUAAAAGAAUUCUUUAUCAUCAUCGUCAGGUCCUAAUGGAAGAGCAAAAUAAACAAAAAUUAAAAUUAUGGCAAUUAGAACAGAAACAACUUCAAUUGAAUAUUAUGUUGCAUCAACAAAAAUUUAUGAAUUAUUCAGAUUUUCAUAAAAAUAUUUUAAUACAUCAUCAUCAACAACUUUUAAAUAAUAAUAAAAAUAUUUUAAAUAUUAAAAAAUUUAGAAAUUUAUCAAAUACAAAUAAUGAAAAUUUUUUAUAUAAUUUUACGAAUUCAAAUAAUUUUAGUAAUAAUUUGAAUUCAAAUUUAACUUCAUAUAUAAAAAAUCUAGACCAAGAUGAAAAUAAAUCAGAAAAUGAAACUACAUAUUUAAUACCAAUUAUUGAAAACUCAUUAAAUAAUAAUAAAGAUAAAAAUAAAUCAGAUUCUUUUCAAUCAUGGUUUACUAUUAUGCCUGAAUUAAAUAAUAAUUUUAAUUUUAAAAAUAAUUUCAAUAUUAAAAAUAACAAUAGUGUUAUUUUUGAAUCGAAAGAAAACUCAAAUUUUACAGAUUUUACAUACAAUAUUACAAGUAAUUUGAAUAAAAAUUCUUCAUUAGAAAAUUGUAAUUCGAAUUGCAAUAAAACAAUAAUUAAUAAUAAUCUUGAUAUUAUUUCAAGGGUAACGAGAAGUAAACCUUUAAUAAAUUCAUUUGAAAUAAAUAAACAACAUUCCUAUAAAUUCAAUAACAAUUAUGAAAAAUUAUUAUUUAAUAAUGGAAAAAAAUUAAGAAAAUUAAAAAGAAAUUUUAAUAAUAUUAGAAAAUCUAAUAAAGCUCAAUUUAAAAAAUUGCAACAAGAUAGAAACAUUAAUUAUAAUCCUAUAAAUAAAUAUAUUAAAAAAAGAUAUAAAAAAAUUAAUUUUCAUAGUUCUGAUUUAAUUAAUUAUAAAAAUAUAAUACGAAAAUUAAUAAAAUCAAAUAUUAAAAAACAUCAUAAAAAAAAUAAUAAAAUUCUUUUAAAAAAUUCUGAUGAUGAAGAUUACUAUAACAUUGAUAGUAGCGGAGAUUCUGUAGAUUCUAUAAGUUAAAAUAUUGUUUAAGUGAAUUUUUUAAGAAAAGAAAAAUACAAUAUAUUUAAGAUAUAACAAAACUUUUAUAUUAUUAUAUAUAAUUUUCAAUAUUUUAAGAUUAAAUUAUAAAAUUUUUUUUAAUAUAUUCAUUUUCAGUAGUAAAACUAUUCAAUACUCGGAAUGUCUAAAAACAAAAACUAUAAUAUGCAAAUAAUUAAAUAAAAUAAAAUUAUUACUGAUGACGGUACGUUACGGCAUUCUGUAAUUUAUUUUUGUUUGUAUUUGGACCCGAAUUUGCAGGGAACUUUGACGGAACUUUAUGAGUUUCUAAAAUUUCGACUACUGGAUACAAUAUUAUUUCAAUUAUUUUAAUUUAGUUUAAUAUAAUUAUAUUAAUUUUAAAUUUAUUUAUUAUAUUUAAAUAAAAUUAAAAAAAAAUAAUUAAAUUGAAUUAAUAUUUAAAUUUUAAAUUUAUUUAAAAUAAUUUUUUUCCUUUUUUUUUUGUAAUAAAACAAUACUAUAAAAAUGAACCUACUUUUGUCAAUUUUAUUAGUAUAUGGUAUACUCAAAAUUAUUUUCAAUAAGUUGUAAACGUUUUUAAAAUAAUAAUAGUUAUAGAUUAUUAUGAAAUACAUACAGUUUGUAAUGACUUAAAAUAAUUAAAUCACAAUGAAAAUUUGGUUUGUAACAAAAAAAUUCAUAUUAAAUUUUCACUUAGUAGUUCUGUAGUUCAAAUCUAUGUAUAGUUCAAGUUAAAAAUAGUUAAUAAUAAUAUAAAAUAUGCGAAAGGAGUUUAAAAUGCAACUGUGCAAAACUUAAAUUUAAAUCUUAAAUUUUUUCUUAUAAUUUCUUUAAAUUUAUAAAACCUGGUAGAUUUAUUAAAAUUGUUAAUUACAUUAUUAUUUUCAUUAUUUUUUCAUAUUAUUAUUAAAAUUUAAUAUAUGUAUGUAUAUAUAUAUAUAUGACACCAAACAUACAAUUUGAAAUAAUUUGAAAUUUAAUUUAAUUUAUUAUUAUUUAAUUUUGUCUUACAUAAUUUUAAAAACAAGUGCCUAAAUUCUAUAAAAAGUUUCAACACAAAAUAUAGAACAAAAAAAAAUUAUACGCAUAAUAUUGUAAUUUUUAUAUUAUUUAAUAGUUCUUAUGUAAUUAUAAAAUAACAAAGAAAAAAUUUUGUGGAAAAUUAUUCACCAAAAAUGCCUAAAAGUUAUUUUUACUAAUAUAUACAUAUUAUAGUGAUUAGCAUCACAAAACCAAUAAAUGAAUACAAUUAUGAGUAUACCAAUAUCUCAAAACAAGAUAUAAUAAAUUAAGGAUUUUAUCAUAAAUUUUAAACUGAAUUACAUAAUAUAAACUAAAUUACUCACUAUCAAGGGGAAAAGAUAAAAUACUGUUAGUAAAAUUAAUAAAUUAAUUAUAUAUUAUUAUAACUAUAAUACAAUUAUUUAAAAAAACCUUCAACAAUUAUAAAUGAGCAACGAAAUUAACAGAAACAAGGCCUUAUUUAAAUAAAACCACAGUUGAUAUUAAUAAAAUUAUAAUAUUAAAUAUUUAGAAAAUGAAAAUAAUAUUGUUAUUUUAUACACCGAGUUAAAAAAAAAAGUAAAAAACAAAAUAUAACAAAUGAUGAUAAAAAAUUCGUCCGAUGGUAAAUGACUUUAAAUUAUUUA